UCGCACAGCGACGCCUCGCCAUGGAGCACCGUCACUGUCACCGCCUGGAGCGCCGCCUGCUCUGCCUGCUGGCCUGCUUCUUCUCCAGCCUGCCUGCGGCCGCCGCUCUGGGUGAGUACCGACAGAGCCGGCGCUGUCCAGGGCGCUCCGGCCCGCUCGACCUCACCAUUCCAGCUCCAGCCUCGCUGUGUGUCUCGUCUUUCAACAGAGUACUGCGGCUCGCUCAACUUCUGCCCCAGCGGGACCUUCUGCUGCUUCGACGACAUGUGCUGCAACACUACCUACGUGACGCUGGGGGCCAUAGCGGCGGCGGUCGUCCUCAUAGCCCUCAUAGCGUGCUGCUGCUGCUGCUGCUGCGGCCGCAGGGUGAGGCGGGGCGAGAUUGUGGUCGUGAACAACAGGCCCCUCCUGACCUCGCCCUGAACGCCGGAGCGGAGAGAAGACGCAGCGGCAACGGCGGCGACCGCAACGUUCUUACGUGUCUUCUUAUAAGCAACUCUGACUGAUUCUCACUUUGCGAUGUGUCAAUGAAACGAAAGUCUUGUUUCAUACAUAAAAUCUAGAGAUGUAUAUUUUGAAGUAAUUUUAAUAAAGAAAGAAAUACCGUC